AUGAUCCAAUCUUCAGCUACUUCUGGAAGGCAAAAUCCAGGUGAAAAUUUCCGCUUACUUAAUGGCAAUCCAGGCUAUGGGAAAACAAAAGCUUCAUACCUCAGACACCAAACAACAAGUCGUCCAGGAGAUUUGAUUUAUAUCCAAUCUGAAGACAUAAACAUUACAAGUGUCCAAUUCGAAAAGCUUAAAAGUGCAGAAAUUAUAUGUGCAGCCUUAGCUAUAGCCGGAUUCGCUUGUGGAGCUAUCUGUGAUGACCUUACAUUUAAUUCCUCUAUCUAUAAAAGCAAAAAAUCGCAGGUUACAAUUUCUUAUAUAAAGCUUGUGCAUGGUUUUUCCAUUAAAAAUCAGCUUAAAUUAUCUACAGAACUAUAUAAGCCAAAAUCCUUUAUAGUUUUUAUAUAUAAAUAAUUUGCUAUUAUUAAUUACUUAUACCAGGGAUUAUCAAUUGAAUCAUAAAUAAAUUUUGACUAUUAGCGGUAUAUUUUUUGUACAAUAACUACAGCUCUGCUUUUAGGCGCUAUUUGCUGGCGUACACAUAGAGAACUUAAAUGAGAGCAAGCCAAAGGAAUUUUUUCUUAUCAAGAUGACUUUAUUUCGACAGGAAAAUUCAAGUGGCUCAUUAUGGAGAUCAUAAUAAAUGCAGUUCAUCCGGUAUACGGGUUUGAGGAUUACCAAUUUUCUACUUACUCCCCCCCUCCGUGAGUGAACAAAAAAAUUUUGUUCACUCACGGAAGGGGGUUAAUUUUUUUUUUAGAAAAAUUUAUAUUGGGUUUUUUGGGCAAAAAAUAGCGAUUUUUCUAAUGGUUUUGUUCACUCACGGAGGGGGGGGAGUUAUAACAAUGUUUAUAAUGUAGAUUACUCUUAUACAUACACAUCAAUAGUGACUGUAUGAAUGCUAAUAAGGAUUUAUCAUUUAAUUCGGGUUGCAAGUGUUAUUAGUGUUUAUAGGUCUGGAAGAGUACAAAGAUUAUGCCAAAUGACGGGAAGUUAUGCAGGUAGCUGGUUUGCAGUAAAAUGCAUGAUGAAAGAUACCCCAGUUUAUUUACUAUCUGCUAUGAUUAUCGGAGGAAUUUUUACUCAUGCAUUUUGCUUAAGAAUUUUUGAAAGACCUCUGGACGACUACACAGGGAAAAUUUUCGGGGAAUAUGGAAACUCGAUGUGGUGUGCGAUAAUCACAAUGACAACAGUAGGGUAUGGAGACUACUUCCCAGUCACCAGUGCUGGCCGCUUAUUCGAUGUCCUUGCCUGUAUAUGAGGAGUUUUAUGUGUAUCUUUAAUGGUAAUUACAUUGACAAAUAUGCUAAUGCUUGACGCAGGUCAACAAACUUCAUUAACAAUCCUUAAUAGGCUGUGGUUUAAAGAAGAAUUAAAACAGCUGGCAGCUUUUGUAUUAACCUCAGCAGUAAGAUAUAGAUAUUAUGUGAGGCAUUAUCCAGACAAAAGAAGGAAAAUCGCUAUACAAUUAGGUAGAUUUCGGCAUUAUUUUAACGAUUUUCAGAGCUUUAAAAUAAAGCAAAGGACUUUAUAUGACUUUGACUCUUUUGAGGACAGAAUUGAAAGGAAAAUGAUUGAUGUAAUAGAAGAUAGCGAAACAAUUGAAGAAACCAAAAAAGAAAUUGAUGGGAUUAUUGAAUAUUUGGAGGCGAAAAUUCCAGAUUUAGCAAAAUAA